AUGAAAUAUAAUAACUUCUUCUUCGUAGUGCUAACAAUUGCAUUAUUCAAUCUUGUAAAUACUCUAAUAAGAAAUGGAAACAAUAAUACGCAAGCUUUAAUUCCUGAUAAGAAUAACAGUAAAAAUGACAACCAAAAUAGCAUGUCCAAUAAUAAUAACAAUAAUGAGAACACAUGUGAGAUCCAAAAUAUGGCAGAAGAAAUGAUGGAGAAAUUAUUAAAUGAAAAAGAUGUAUUUUCCUCCAUAAUGGAAGCUCUACAAAGUAAAUUAAGUGAUGACUCUCUUUGCACACAAACAAAAUAUACAAACAUUUGUAUAAAUGAAAAGGAUAAAGUCCCUUUAAGCUUCCCAUGCACUAGCCAGAAAUAUGAGCAUUUAAUUCACCAAUUUACAUAUAAAAAAUUAUGCCAUUCUAAAAUAGCUUUUAGUAAUAUAUUGCUCAAAUCAUUCAUCGAUAAAAAUAACGAAGAAAAUACAUUUAAUAACAUCAUCAAAAAUUAUAAUGUUUUAUUAAGUUGUAUUGAUAAUGAUUUAAAAGAUAUUUACACCUCCUCUAUUAAGCUGUUUUCUGAUUUAAGAUCUUCUAUUGUGGAUGUAACCGAAAAAUUGUGGUCUAAAAAUAUUACUGAUGUUUUAAAAAAAAGAGAACAUUUAAUUGCAGGUAUUUUUUGUGGAUUGCGAAACGGAAGUAAAUCAAACCUGGUGUCCAAUAGUUUAUCAUAUGAAAAUUUGGGGAUUUUAAAAAUUAAUAGUGAAGAAUUGAUAAAUGAAGCCUUUUAUGCCUUCUCUGAAUACUAUUAUAAUUUUCCAUUAUUUACGAUGCAAUUAUUAGAAAGGGGAGGGUUGGUAGAAAGAUUAGUAGCUAUACAUGAAAAGUUAACCAAUUAUAGAACUAGAAACAUAUUGAAUAAAAUAAAUGAGCGGUCAAAAAAUGAAGUAUUAAAUAAUGAGGAUGUUCUUCACAAUUUAAGUAAUUAUAAGCACCACAGCCAAAAAACUAAUGGCUCUUUUGUCCAAUCGAAAGAAAUAAAAAUCAUUUCGAAUGUAGGUCCCUAUAAUAAUGCAAAUGAAAAUGCAAAUCCAAGUGCAAAUGCUAGUACAAAUGCCAGUACAAAUACCGAUGCGAAUGCUAACACGAAUGCUAACUCAAACGCUAAUACAUAUGUCGAUGCGAAUACCAACACGAAUGCUAAUAAAAAUGAUAACUUAAAUGCUAACACAAAUUCUAACUUAAAUGCUAACACAAAUUCUAACUUAAAUGCCAACAAAAAUGUCAACACAAACGCCAACACAAAUGCUAACGCAAAUACCAAUACAAAUGCUAACUCAAAUGCUAACUCAAAUGCUAACUCAAAUUCUAACUCAAAUGCUAACUCAAAUGCCAACACAACUACCAACUCAGAUGCCAACACAAAUGCCAACACAAAUGCCAACACAAAUGCCAACACAAAUGCCAAUACAAAUGCCAACACAGCUACCAACUUAGAUGCAAACACAACGAUAAACAGCCAAGGCGGCUUACAUGCGAAUGACCCAUUAAAUAACCCUUUAUAUUCAACAAGUUCAUUAAAACCUAAAAAUGUGGCACAAUUAAUAAAAGACUUAAUAAAAAACUUAGACAUUGUAAAGUUUGAAAAUAAUGAACCCACUAAUAAAAUAGAUGAAGAAGGAAUUAAAAAACUUAUAGGUAAUUCAUUCCUUGAUCUAAGUGACAAUAUUAUGUUAGUUCGCUUGUUAAUAAAACCACAGGCUGCAAUCCUUUUCAUAAUUCAGUCGUUUGUUAUGAUGACUCCUUCACCCACAAGGGAUGCAAAAACAUUUUGUAAGAAAGCCUUAGUUAACGGACAAUUAAUUGAUAGUACUAAUUUAGGUGUAGAAUCAGAAGAAGAGAACUUAAUCAAUAACUUCGCUAGUAAAUACAAUUUAAUUUAUGAAAAAAUUAAAUUAGAAGAAUUGAGAGAACUAGAACAAAGUAAGAAAACUUUAAAAAGUUCCAAUUCCCAUUUAUCCGCAUUACAAGUUCGAAACACAGAAAAUAAUAAAGAAAGUAAUACAGAGAGUAAUACAGAAAGUAAUACAGAGAGUAAUACAGAAAGUAAUAAACAAAAUAACAACCAAGGGAUGAAUUUUAACAAUAAUUUUAAUCUUAAUAACAGUGCUCCGUUAAUUGCUAUAGUAAGCGACCCAUUAGGGGAGAAAGCAGAUGAUAUAAUAAAAAAUAAUUUAGAUUUGUCUAGUUUGUCAUCUGGUGUUGAACAAACUUUUCAAACUUUAAAUGCAAAUAGUAGAAGUUUUACUGCGAAUGUUUCAUAUGUGGUCCUUCUCUUAUUUUCCUUUUUUUUAUCUUACUUAAUUUAUUAA